AGUUAGUUCAACAUCCAGAUGAAGAGGGCGGUAAAGAGCAUUACAUAAGCAUUGAAUAAUAUUUUUCGUUACUUCUCAGCAGAGGCAUUACAAUCGGACUAUUGAACUACUGGUACAUGCUAACUACAUUGUAUUCUUUGUUUUAUCAAUUGUUGCCGUAAUUCCAAUUCAACUCUUUCGUUAAAGUUAAUUAUUACUGUUAAUUCGUUAUUAAUUUUUUUUGUACUUAUAAAAUAUCAAUUAACUAAGGUUGUCCAUCUUCCAUUACUGUGACUUCAAUAUCAACAUAAAGCAGCUUUAAAACAAAUUACCUCAAAACUCACUAAUUCUCACAAGGCGCAGCUUAUUGUCCAUUAUCAUCCACCAAAUUCCAUCAAGAUAUAUACAUACUUAUAUAUAUCUAUCGUUAUAAAUUACAUACCAUUUUAUCAUAUUCAUUAUUGUUAGUAGGAUUAUACUAAAGUUGACAUAAUUUAAUCAUGCCACAAACAAGAAGCAAGAGAACCGCUACUCCAGUUAAAGACGGACAAAUUGAUGGUGAUGCCAUUGAAAUUAAAAAGAGUAAAAUUGAAAACAAUGACUCUGUCGAAGAAGUCUCCGCGUCUACAGAAGCUAUCAAAACCAAUAAUGAAGCUGAAGUAACCAAUGGAAAAUCUGAAGCUGUUUCUGAAAGUAAACCUGAAGUCGAGGAAGCUGUCGAAAAGAAAACAUCCAAUGGAACAUCUGAGGCAGUAGCUGAAAAUGGUGAAGCUAAUGGUGACCACUCCGAAGCUAAACCUGAAGUUAAAGAAGAUUUAGUCGAAAGCAGCGAAUCUGAAAAAGUAGAGAAAGUAGAGAAAGUAGAUGGCAAAGUUGAAGAAUCAGCAGUGUCAGCAGAAGCUACCUCAAAUGAAGCUAAUGAAGUAAAACCAGAAGCUGAGGCUGAAAAGAAAGAAGAAACAGUUGCUGAAACAACCACAGUCGAAAGUACUGAAGCAGUUAGUAAACCUGAGGAAGUUGCUGUUAGCGAUGACCAAAAGAAGCCAGAUGAAACAGUUGAAGAACCAAGUGAAGCUGUUUCAUCAAAUUAACAUUAAGCUGAUAAGCGAUCUAUAAAACCCAUUGUUUUCAUCUAAAUCCACCUUCGACGUAUAAAUUUACUCUCUAUUCUAUCUUCAAACUCUCCAUUUGAACAAAAAAAUUUUCCGAAUACAGUUCCUUCAUUUCCAUUUUUUUCUUUAUAAUUGUCUAAAUUACCGUUGUCAUACAAUCUCAGUUUAUUUACCAUUUCUUAAAUGAAAAAAGAAAAAGGAAACAAAACUUAAACCAAAUCCACGUGGAUCAAGCAAAAAACUCAAUGCAAUCCUUAUUUUCCAGCGUUAAACAAAGCUGUUUCAGAGUUGUCCAAAAAUUUUCAAAGCUAUUGGAAUAGUCAGAUCUCGUCCGAGCAACACCAAAUGCAUUACUCUGGUCAGAGGAUAUAUUGAUUCGAUUAUGGACAUGACUUUAACUUCGACAUAGUAAUAACAAUAGUAACAUCUUUUUGCUUAUGUCUAUAUAAGUAAACAAUUUUCUAUGCGUUGUAAUACAUUCUUUGCCAUUUCGAUGUUAACACCUCUGAUUAAUACAGUUUGAGCGUUAAUAAAGUUUAAACGAGUUUUCCGAUCGUUAAAUGAUUUUCAA